AUCACAACGUUCACGUCCUCGCAAUCAACAUUUUAUCAAGUCACGUUUACCUUCUUUUUCAUUUAUUUUCGUUUAAACUUAAUCUCUAUUCAGAAAGUAAACUUUAUUAUUGCGUUAUUUUCAACACCAGUAGGGCAUUGUAAAUUAACAUCGUAAGUCAUACGCAAAUCGACCCAAUGAACCAAAAGAUGUCUUCAUUCCAGUGAGGUCUUCGUAUAUAUUAUUUCCAUCUAAACCUGCAUUUCAGCCAUGCCGGGAAGCGGAUUAUUGGAAACUUCUCCCAACUAUGUUAUCAACAAAGCUGUUGCAGCUAGAUUUCAACAGCUGCCCCAACCCAAGGAUAAGGUACAAGUCAUGUACGUAUGGAUCGACGGAACCGGACAAGACCUUAGAGCAAAGUCCAGAACACUAGACUUUAUGCCUACAAAACCCGAAGAACUCCCAGUGUGGAAUUAUGACGGAAGCUCUACGUACCAAUCUCAAGGAGAAAAUUCAGAUACAUUUUUGUAUCCUGUGGCCAUUUUUAACGACCCAUUCAGGUUGGCACCAAACAAACUUGUCAUGUGCGAAGCGUACAAACACGAUCACACUCCGGCUGACACAAAUCACCGUAAAGCCGCUUUGGAGACCAUGACUAAAGCUGCUGAUCAAAAACCGUGGUUUGGUAUCGAACAAGAAUACACGUUACUUGACACUGACGGCCAACCGUUCGGAUGGCCAAAGACUGGAUACCCAGGUCCUCAGGGUCCGUACUAUUGCGGUGUUGGCGCUGAUAAAGUGUACGGGCGUGACAUAGUGGAGGCUCAUUAUCGUGCAUGUCUGUACGCGGGAAUCAACAUAUCUGGAGAGAAUGCCGAAGUUAUGCCAGCUCAGUGGGAAUUUCAAGUUGGACCGUGUGAAGGUAUUAGCAUCGGCGAUCAUUUAUGGAUGGCUCGUUUCAUAUUACACCGUAUUGCCGAAGAGUUUGGCAUUGUGGUAACACUUGAUCCAAAACCAGUUCCGGGAGAUUGGAAUGGUGCCGGUGCGCAUUGUAAUUUCUCAACUCAAGCUAUGAGAGAAAACAAUGGAAUAAUUGAAAUCGAAAAGGCUAUUGAAAAAUUGUCCAAACAACAUAUGAGACAUAUUAUGGUGUACGAUCCCAACGAAGGCAAAGAUAAUGAACGUCGUUUGACUGGAAAACACGAAACUUCUUCCAUUCAAAAUUUCUCGGCUGGCGUGGCCAACCGUGGGGCCAGUAUUCGUAUUCCUCGUGGUUGUGCUGACGAGAAGAAGGGUUACUUAGAAGAUCGUAGACCAGCAUCCAACUGCGACCCAUACAAAGUGACUGAAGUCAUUGUACGCACCGUGUGCCUAAAUGAAUAAAGAAAAUAUUAAGAAAAUAACCUAUAUUCCUGCUCGAUAAACAUAAAUAUCACCCCGCUUUGGGAAACAAAAUAUUUUAUCUAAUAUUUAUAAUAAUAUAGGUACAACUAUAAUAAUUGUUAGGCACUGUAUAAUACUAUUGUGUUACAGUUUUUUAUUUUAAAUUCAGUACUAAAAACCACAUGGAAUUUUAAUGAAUGUUGCUAAAAAGAAAUGUUUAUUUUAGAUUUUUUAUUAUUUAUAAAUUGUCAGCGUUCGUGUUCAACGUAGGUACACUUAAAAUUUUUUUAUUCUUAUGUCCAACAGUCACCGCAUCGUGCGAUCACCACUGAAGGACCCACAUUUGUCAUUUUCUAUUACUUAUUUUGAGUUAUAUAUAUUAUUGCAUGACCUAGUUUUUAUAUCUAAAGCCUACGGACGAAGUCUUAAUACUAAAUUUUAUUGCACAUUUCAUACAUUUUUACCUAACCCAUAGUUAACAGUAUACCUUCAAUACAUUAUAUUUAAACAUAAAACGAUAAAUUAUACUCACAUUAAUAUUGCAACACAUGUUACGAAAACAAUUUUAUAAUACCUAGUGAAGUACCUAAGUGGUUAUUUUAUGCCAAGUCAACUAAAAUUAUUUAGUCUUAUUUAAUAUGAUACUAUUAUAAAAAACUGUAAACCACUGUAAUAAAAUAGAAAAACAAUAGUUAUAUUAUACAUCACUUUGAUUAUGUGCCUUACAUUAAAUCAUAUUAUAUUGGAUUAAAACUGGAUACAGUUUUAUAUUUUACUAGUUUGAAAAUUUUUUUUAGAAUUUAUACAUAAUAACUUUAUAUAACCAAAAAAAAAUAAUAAUGUAUUCUAUUCAUGUAUCUUUAUUUAUAUAAGAUUUCACAUUUAUUUUACUUUUACUA